AUUGCUACUGGCGAGUCACUAUCAACCGUGUUUCUCACCAAGGACAUUGGUGGUCUUUUUAACUUAUUUUUUUCCGUGUGUAUGUUAAUGCUGUAGACAGCCAGAGCAAAUUAGACCUUUUUUUCAGUGUAUCGCUUUACACUGUUGAUCUAUAAUUCAUUACCUGAGCACAUGAGGGGAGGCAGUGUGGUGAGUUGUGUACUGGUAAACUACUUGGUGAAACCAUGCUUUAUCCUUUUCAAGUGUUAAAGGUCAAGACAGGUUUGGUCCUGUGGCCUGAUACUCUUCUUUGAAAAUGGAUUUGUUAUCCAGGGUCUGCAGUUGAUAAUGUUUUGACUUUAAUAUGUUUGCGGCUGCCACCAAGAGCUUCGUCAAGCAAGUUGGAGAUGGAGGGAGAUUAGUGCCGGUUCCCAGCCUCAGUGAAGCCGACAAGUACCAACCUUUAAGUCUGGUGGUGAAAAAGAAGAGAUGUUUUCUGCUCCCUAGGUAUAAAUUUACUUCAACACCAUUUACGCUGAAAGAUAUUCUCCUAGGAGACAGAGAAAUUUCAGCGGGUAUUUCAUCUUACCAAUUAUUGAAUUAUGAAGAUGAGUCAGAUCUUUCCCUGUACGGAAGGCGAGGUAACCACAUGGUGAAUGACGUUGGGAUUAAUGUUGCUGGCUCAGACUCCAUUGCUGUGAAAGCUUCUUUUGGUGUAGUAACCAAGCAUGAAGUAGAAGUAUCAACAUUACUCAAGGAAAUUACUACACGAAAAAUUAACUUUGACCACAGUUUGGUACGUCAGUCAAGGAGCAACAGAAAGGCGGUGUUGUGUGUGGUUCUGGAAAGCAUUCGAACCACAAGACAGUGCUCUCUCUCGGUACAUGCUGGGAUUCGAGGCGAAGCAAUGCGGUUUCACUUUAUGGAUGAACAGAAUCCCAAGGGGAGGGAAAAGGCUAUUGUUUUUCCAGCACACACAACAAUAGCUUUCAGUGUUUCUGAACUCUUCGUUUACCUGGAUGGUGCCUUUGACCUUUGUGUCACUUCAGUGUCAAAAGGAGGGUUUGAGCGGGAAGAAACAGCUACGUUUGCAGUGCUGUACAGACUGAGAAACAUACUGUUUGAAAGAAAUAGAAGAGUGAUGGAUGCCAUUUCUCGUUCACAGCUUUAUUUGGAUGACCUUUUUUCCGACUACUAUGACAAACCUCUCAGCAUGACUGAUAUUUCACUCAAAGAAGGAACUCAUAUUCGAGUUAACUUGCUUAAUCACAACAUUCCAAAAGGGCCUUGUAUACUCUGCGGAAUGGGGAACUUAAAAAGGGAGACGGUUUAUGGGUGCUUUCAGUGUUCUGUCGAUGGGCAGAAGUAUGUGAGACUUCAUGCAGUUCCUUGUUUUGAUAUUUGGCACAAAAGAAUGAAAUAAAAUGAAUAAUGCCUUG